UUUCAAUUCUGCCUCUCCUGUAAAUUUAGGCGUUCCCUGAAGGUGUUAGUUACUCAGUGCUUCUAGACACGGAAGCCCGUUGGACCCGUUCAUAAAUUCUUGAACGAAAUGAUUAGACGUCCUGCAUUUAAGUGUUUGCGUUACCUUUGUCUUUUAAAGGGACAUUAUGAAAAGCAAUGAACCUCCAUUUCCAAAAAAGUCUCAGAUAAUCGAACUGCCAGCUGACGGGCCUACAUGUUCACAUGGUCCCAUGUUAAAAAUAGUUGAUCAGACCUCCCGUUCGUUUCAUUAUGCUUGUUCGGCAUUUCGUGAUAAAGGUGAAUGUGAGAAACAGGACUUGUACCAGAGUAGCACUUUAAGAAACUGGUCAUCGGAAGAUAUUCUCGGGAUAAGUCAGUCAGAUAGAGCCUAUUGUUACACUUGUGAUUGUUUGUUUUCAUUGUCACUGAGUGGACAAAAGCAUGAAAUGCACGAGUAUAGGAAAAACCUAUCAGAUAAUUUAUUGGCAAUGCCAUCAUACCUGCUAAAACCACUGGAAAAUUCUAAGGCUCAUGCAGUACGUCUUGUAUUUACUUACCCAUAAGUCCUAUAGCAAUAUUUUUUUUCUUUAGACACUUUGAAUCGACUGUACUCCAUCAUUCAAAAACUGUCAGUAGACUAUGUCAUCUGUAUUGGUUCACCACGUCUACAUGACUUCAUCCAACUUCAGCAUAUACAUAGAGGACAAUUAUUAGACUCAUAUUUAUUAGAUAUGGACAUUCGGCUGUCUAGUUUCUAUCAUCCACAUCGUUUCUCACGAUAUAAUAUGGUAAACGGAUUUUUCUUCAGUCGAACGGAAGAAGAAAAUUUUCAUCAUUUCAUCAAGGAUAAUAUAAAGCCUGAUGAUAAAUGCUCCAUAUUUUGUGAUCCUCCAUUCUCUGCACCAUUGUCAUUAAUUGUGAAGCAGAUCAAUUCAAUAAUACAGUAUAUUUCAAGCUUCCAAAUUACUAAAAAUAAUUGCAAGAGUUUAAAUCAAAAUGAUAUUCCAUAUCUGCUAGUUCUCCCGUUUUUCUUCGAGAAAAAGCUGCAAAAGAUUGCCCCAUUUUUAAACUUGCUGGAUUAUAAAAUCACUUAUGAAAACCACUCAAGACUGGAUUGUGAUAUCACUGAUAAUCGAAACCACAGGGAUUUAACUAAUAAAAUUGGUGAUCAUUCAAAUAGAGGACAGAGGCGCGACUCAAUUGUUCGCUUGUUUACAAGUUUACUUCCUUCUUUGGUCCAUCCACCUAAAUCAAUAGAGAAAUGUUUCAGGUUUUGUGAAAUUUGUCAACGUUAUUCGCACAUAACAAAUCUACACUGUCCUAAAUGUGAUCGUUGCACAACUAAACAUGGACCAACCUAUGUACACUGUGAUAAAUGUAAUCGUUGUAGACCUGCAAAGAAAUUUCAUUGCGAUCAGUGUAAACAUUGUGUAUCUAUCAAUCAAUGCGUUCAUCAAUCCAAACGCAAAAAGCUCUCUUACAAUACAUCUGAUAAUUUGUAAUCUGUAAAUUAAUAUUUAUUCAAUAAAAUAUUUUCUACUUUG